ACAUGUGAUUAAUUUUGACAACCUGUACCAACACGAGGAACUUCUCGCAAGUGCGUAAAUUUAUUUCCGUGUUAUAAAAUUUUAAGUUUUCUUUUUUUACCUCCUUUCUUCGAUCGUAAUGGUAAUAGAAAAAUGUCAAUAAUAAGUAGUAGAAAAUCAUUAAACUCUUCGAUAUUAAAAUCAUCAGUAAACCGCAAUGAUUCUAUUAAAAAAGCAAAAAUUUUGCGGUUUGAAGUUCAGACUUUAUCAUCAGUGAAAGAAAUUUUAACAGAUCUUGAUGACAAUCCUAACUUAAAAUGUUACCAAAAUCUAAUUUAUAAACUCUCCGAUAAAGAUAUCAAGGAUGAAGAACUGCGUAAAAUCAUCUCAGAAUGUAUCGAAUGUGUGUCAGUUUUUCGAAAAGACCAUAUUCUUCUAGUGCAAAGUCUUUUAGAUACAAGAUGGAUCAUGAGAAGCAACGACAUAAUUGAACUCUUCCAUCGUUUCAUUCUUAAUUUGAUGACGUCAAAAUCAGAUUUCUUGAUGCUUUGUUUAUCAAAAAUUAUCGGUUGUUUUAUUCCAGAUGAUGACGAAAGCGAUUUUUGGUGCAAUGGAAUUCCAACAAUAGAAAUGAAAAUGAAACUUAAUCUUGUUCAUACACUCAUUGCGAAGAUACUUGAAGUUAUGCCAAUGAUACCAGUGACAUUACGGAAAGAAAUUCGCUCAGAAUUUCCUUACUUCAAAGAACAAAACUUUAAGAUCGUCGGAUAUAUUCACAACUUGUUUAUGAUUCUUGAAUACUGCCCAAGUAUGACUUACGAUAUUGUAGAUUUAGUUCUUGAAAAUCUUGUAAUGAUUGAUGUCAAUGUUACAAGAGAACAAAUCGAACUAUCAGAAGCUGAUGAGGAUGAGAAUGAUGAGGAUAUUAUGAAAUUACCUGUAGCUGAGACUUUAGACCUUUGCAUGGAGAAAGUUUUUAAUUUUAUUCAAUCAAAAUUUGAAGACAAUUCCGAUUCUGGAAAAAGAAAUCAAAAAAUGAUAAUUCAGGCAAUUUUUACAUACUUCGACGAGCAAAUCCUCAAGACACAUACGAAGCACGUUCAUUUUAUUCUCUUUUACAUCGCAAGUUUAGAAAAAACUUUUCUCAACGACUUCCUCAACUUUCUAUGGCGUAAAACUGUGGAUCGCAAUCAAUCGCCGACUAUUCGUCAAAUUGCCAUCGGAUAUCUUUCAAGUUUUCUUUCUCGUACGAAAUUCCUGCCAAUGGAAACAUUAAAGAAUUAUUUAACACUUUUAAGUGAUUGGGCACAUGACUACAUUAAAGCUUGUGAUUUUAAUCCCAAUAAAAAUCCAAAAGCUCAUGUUGUGUUCUAUUCGGUUUGUCAGGCAAUGUUUUACAUUAUCGCGUUUCGUGGACCACAAUUGACUCGAGGGAAAGAAAAUCUCAAAUUUCUUUUGGCACUCGAUCUUUGGCCGAUUGUUAAACAUCCAUUGAAUCCACUGAAUGUCUGUCUUCCUGCCAUCGUUACCAUAUUUGAUAAUAUAACGACAAAGUAUCAAAUUCUUUUCUGCCGAACCAUCAUCGUCAACAAUGCAAGUAAAUGCUUAACCACAGUUUAUGCAAAUGAGCAACAUCGACCCGAAGAAGUGUUGGAAAGUGUUUUUCCGUUCGAUCCUUACCUUUUAAAGAAGUCUGGAAAAAGAAUUUUUCCAUUGUAUGUUGAGUACGAAGGCAUCCAGGAUGACAUAACUGACAGUCCACUUCAAAGUCGAAAGCGAACGAGGAACGAAUCAACGUCAUGUGAUUUAGAAGAUUUUAUCAUAAAAGAUAGCAAAAUUCAAAAACUUUUUUAAAGUUUUUUUUUGUUAAUUAAAGUUUAAAAGAAAAUUUUUGAUUUGAAUUAAAAAUGAAUUGUAAAAAGAAUUGAAAAUAAAUGAUUUUUAAUCAGAA